AUGGAGGGACGCUUCAGUCCCCUACCCCACCCCCACCGCAGCCCCAGAUUGGCCCCCACGCCCUCCGCGGGCGCCACCGGGGGCCCAGGGGUAGGAGGGCUUGGGUCGCCCCCCCCACCCUGGGGAAGGGGCUCGGCGGCGGCGGCCGCGCUCGGGCCGGGGGCAGGGGGAACCGCGGGCCCCGCCGCAGCCCCUCGCCCCGAUUUUUGCGGGCUGACUGCAGUCUCCAUCCCAGGGUGGCAGGACACUGCAAUCCCCACCCCAGCCCCAGGUUGGCCCCCACGCCCUCCGCAGGCGCCCCCGGGGGCUCAGCGGGAGGAGGGCUUAGGCCGCCCCCACUACCCCCCCCCCCCCCCAAUCCCCGGGGGAAGGGUCUCGGCGGCGGCUGCCGAGCGCGAUGCGACCUGCGCGGCGCUCUUUGCCGGCCGGCCACCUUCAUGGACCACCGCGCGCCCCCCGCUCCCCACUCCAGCCCCUCACUGCGAGCGACUCCCCGCCCCUGGCUCUCCAUCACUUCACUCGGAGGUGCAGUCGCCACCCACGUCCUCCGGCUGA